UAUUUUCUUUUUUCUGCGAGCCUUCUCUAAUGUGAAGAUUUCGAAGACGGUGAUGGGUUUCUGCCUCUCAGUUCGUGAGGCUUGGGAGCGGGCCAUUGACAGAUGCUUUCAGCACUUCCCUUGUCUAUCGGAUCCAGGUAGGAGAUCUUCAUUGGGUCUGAAAGUGGCUUUGGUGGUCCUUCACCUCAUCUUUGUGGGUGUUUUGUUUCUAUUUGACACGGGCCUGGUCGAAAAAACUCGAAAGCAGCCAUGGUAUACAGCAUUAUACUUGGUGCUGUUCAUUGCAACCCUUUUUCAGUAUUUCUUUACAUCAGCUUCAUCUCCAGGGUAUGUCCUUGAUGCAAUGAGUGCUUUCAAUGAAACACAUGCUAUCUUCAGCAAGACAUCAAGUACUUCAAAACAAUCUGCUUCGAGCAAAGAUGGAAGCUUGCUUCCCCUCACAGGUGGUCAUCAGCCAGGAGAAAAUACUCCUGGGAUGACUUCUGCAUCCUGGACGAAGCUAUUGAUGGGCAUGUAUCCUCCUGGAUCAUCCAGCAGAAAUUGGACUUGCACCUAUUGUCAUGUUUUGCAGCCUCCACGCUCAAAGCAUUGUCAUGAUUGUGACAAGUGCGUACUUCAGUUUGAUCAUCAUUGUGUCUGGCUUGGGACAUGCAUAGGUCAGAGGAACCAUUGCCGAUUUUGGUGGUACAUUUUUGAGGAAACCAUACUAUGCACUUGGACUUGCAUCUUGUACAUCACCUUUUUGAAAGGAAAUACUACAUGGGAGUGGUGGAAGGAUGCAGUCAUGAUCAUGUUUUUGGUGAUUUUGUUUAUCUCCCUUAUAUUUCUGCUCUUGCUUCUUCUUUUCCACAGCUAUCUCGUAUUGACAAACCAGACAACUUAUGAACUUGCAAGGAGGCGACGAAUUUCAUAUUUAAGGGGAAUCCCAGGAAGAGUGUAUCCAUUCAGUAAAGGCAUCUGCAGAAACAUUUAUAAUUUCUGUUGUGCUCAUAGCAGCAUCUACGCCAUUGAACCAUUACCUGCAGCUGAGGAACUGCAAGCAAGAGCUAGACCUUACACAUGCAUGGAUAUUUUAACGUGUCGGUGUUGCUAAUGUGUUGCCAGCUGGUAGUUUUGUGGGUUGGUAUAUAGAACUUUUUUGUUCCCCAUUCUUAUCUUGCCAAUGCAUUUUUACUGUUUUACCAGUCAAGGGAAGUCUGAUAUAUGGUGAGAAGUCCAUUGUAAGACUUUUGCCAAUCUACAUUUAAAAGCAGACCCCAAAUUUGCUGUGAGAAAGGUUAAGAUGAUGAUGCUAAGGUAUUUUAAGUUUUUUGUUUAUCACAUUGUUGUACCAUUGUAUUUGAAUCAUUGGAUCAUUGCCUCCA